CGGCCCCCGGCGCCGCGCCGACGACGCCGACAAGGGGCUGUAAUCGCGCGCGCUCGCCGCUCCGGGCCGCCGGCCCCUGCAAGAGUCGCGCCUCAACACACACAUCGCGCUCGUGGUCUCAGCUCCGCCCGCGGCGACUGCCAGCCGCUGGCUGGGGGCGGUGCCUCGCCGCCGCCCUCGCCGGCGCCAGUCUGGCAGCGCCCCGUCCCCCUCCGACAGAGAACUCGCGAGCUGCUACGUCCAGCACUGAGCUUGAGUCCCGGUCGCCGACCGCGCGGGCGAGGGCGCGCACAACGGCGUCAAGUCGCCCCUGCGAGCCACUGCGCGUUGCGCAAGCGCCACCCGGCGGAACUUCGUUUGCAGGAGGGGGAGGGGCGAUGUAAGCGGAGGCGGUGGCGCGGCGGGCCGCGCCCAGAUGGCCCCGCGCGGCGGCGUCGUCGCGUCAGGCCCUCGACGAAGUCCGCGCGAAGCGAAGCCGUGCGCGACAAAGACACCGGAGCCGCAGCAAGAAGGCGCGCCCAGCGUGCGCGGCGUAGAGGACGCGGCGGGCGGGGCGGGCUGCGGCGCCGGGCCCGCGACCGGGCGGAGCCCCCGACCUCCGCCACCGCCACCGCCUCCACCGACUCCAGCAACUUCUCGGCGGCGUGGGAGGCCGCCAACUCCGUGCUGGAGGCGCGUCGGAGGAAGUUCGAGUCGUCGGUGCCCAUUGAGUCCUCCAACAAGAGGAUCCGCUUGAAGAAGCCUCCGCUCGCGGAGCCUGGCUGCGGCCGCCUCGAAGAGGAAGACAGGAACAGGGCGCCAUCCCAACCUGCUGCCGCGGCCGAGCCGCUGUUGAUGGCGACGGAUGAUCUCGAGGAAAUCCUGGACCUGGAGUUGGAGAAUGCCAUGCAGCUCUGGUCGGAUGAUGAAAGCAACUCUGACAACGAGGCAAGAUUCAAGUCUACUGAGAAAGUUGCUGCACCUACUGAAAUUCCCCGAAUUCGUGUAGUACCCCUGGCAAAACUUCAAGGUUUGGAUUCUGGAACAAAAGAGAAACCAGAGAAAGGAAAAUCAAGACCUGUUUCUGGUGAUGAACAAGAACAUUCACUUCAUACAUCUGUGCGAGAUGUUUCACGUAAAAGUUCCAGAAGUAGUCGUGGGCAGGAGCAACUGAGUUUGAAAGAGGACACCUUGGAAGCCCAGAUUUGUCCUCCAUCUGAUGCUCUCGAACUAGAUCAGAAGAGAUCAAAAAUUCGUGUGGCAGCUGCAGAUAACCUUGACGACUUAGAAGAAACUGGAGAUGGAAGCAAAGAUGGGGACCUGAGAGCUGAAUUAAGUCGGCGUAGAGCAGAAAGGCUCACGAUGGCUGGAUCGGUUCAUGAAACAUUACCUGCUCGCUUAGUACAAUCAGCAUUUAAAGAUGCAGUUGGAAAGAAAAAUUUUCGAAGGCUGGAUAGAGAAAGACAUGGAUCAUCCAAGAGACCUGAUUCUCAGAAAGGAACAGAAGCUGGAGAUGGACGACGUGUAUUGGUACUCAAAUCUUCUGCUGUUGAACAGCAAAUUCCUUCUAUAAGUGUUACAAUUCCUAAAGAGGAGAAGCACAAACGAGGAGGAUCCCCUGUGUCUGGAGGUAAGGUGCCCAUUCGCAUGAGACUGGGGCUGCCUGGAGGUGGGAGUAGCUUUCCUGAGGAGCGGGAGCGCCCUUCCGGGGGCCGAAGAAGAAGCAGCCGAAAGGUGAAACUCAAGCGCAAUGUGUUGUUGGCCUCGCCCGCCGGAGAAAAGGUUUAAUCAUGGAAUCUACCCUUAUGGAAAAAAAGUGGAAGAAAUAUCAAAAGUGAAAACAGCACUGAACAAAAGAGAAAAACAGAUACAUUAAAAAAAUAAAAAAAAGAAACUGAAAAAAUAACAUUAUAAACAGUUGAACUGUGAUUGUUACAAUUUAGUUAGCCAUGGAUUGACAAGUGAGUUGUGUUAUUGCAAUAUGUUAAAACUUAAUUGAAUUCCUUUGAAUAACUUUGUGUCAAAUAAAAUGUCUAGUCCUAGGCAGAAUUAACUAUAUCUGCAGUGAAUUUUGUAUUAUAAUUAGGUACUUAAUUAUGCAUUUCUCUUUGUGAUUUCUAUAAGGUCAUUCUGCAUAUUGUUGGUGCAGUUUUACGUUAUUUCCUUAGGAUGGUCUAAGGUACGGAUAGUAGCAUUUAUCUUGUAUGAAUAUUUGUAAAUAUAGUGAAUAAUUUUGUAUAGAAUUGUCAAUUGUAAAUUAUUCCUCUUGUACUUCAAAAUGGACCAUAUUUCUCAUGCCCAUAUCCCUUGUAUAUAUAUUUUGUAAAUAAACAUAUUUUUCAAUAUA